UAGGCGGUACGAGUCUGCUGGUCUCUAAUGGUUUUCCUCCGCGCGUAUGCCCCGAGUGUAGAAACAUUUCCUGGAACUCUUGCCUCACAGCCCCUGCAAGAGGAUGUGCUCCCGCUGUUGUUGUCCGUUAUUAGGACUCUGCCACUGACCUGCUGAGGACAAGAGCUUUUAUCACAGCCCGGACACCAUGUCGCUGUUGGACACCAUCCGACAGUGGGAUGAAGGAGCGGCCGCAGUGGGCAGAAAGGAUUGGGCUACAGCUCUGAAAGUCUUCUCUGAUAUCGUGGACAAAAACUCCAAAAUAUACUUCAACAUUGGCAUCCUUUAUUUGAUUACUAAAGACCUGGAUGCAGCAGAGAAGGCUUUUGACAACAGCAUCAGGAAGGAUGAACACUUGGCUGUAGCCUUUUUUCAAAGGGGGAUAACAUUUUACAAACAGCAAAAGUUUGAAGAAUCUUUAAGUGAUUUUAAAAAAGCCUUCACAGAGCUACGUGGAAAUCAGCUGAUUGACUACAAGCUGCUUGGCCUCAGAUUUAAGCUGUAUGGCUGUGAGGUCCUUCACAAUGUAGCCCUGGCCCAUGCACAGUUAGGACAAUGGGAAAAGGCAGAGGAGAAUCUGCACGCUGCACUCAACCUCAAGACAGAAGCUAAGCACAGUCUCAUUGAUCGGGCACUGGAGUCCAUUCUGAAACACAAGCUGUUUGACAUUGUGGAGGCCCAUGCGGGUGAAGUUUUCAGACCGAACAAGCAACAUGUUGCAGAGCUAGAGAAGAAGGACUACCUGGGAAAGGCCACAGUUGUAGCAUCCAUCAUUCCCAAAGACGAUUUCUCUGGAUUUGCUCCUCUCCAGCCACAGGUACAGGAAGUUCCGUCCAGGACCAAAGCUCCUGAAACUCUGAGAGCCCUGGAAGGGGAGCCUCAUCGUGUGCGCUAUGAGUUCAUCCCAGAGACCACAGACGAGCUUCCUGUGCAGCAGGGGAACAUUGUCUUUGUCCUGCAGAAGGGGGCUGACAACUGGGCUAAGGUCUUCUUCAACGGCAAAACAGGACUUGUUCCAUACAAUUUCCUGGAGCCAGUGGAAUUAACACUAUCAUCCAGGCAAGAACAGCAGGAUGUGAAGCAAACCGAUAAUAUUCCAGCGCCACCCAGUGGAGAAGCCCCUGUAAGACCUGCGAGGGGAAAAGUGCAGGAUCCUUCUGUUCCAAGUCGUAAAGAGGAGAAAGCAGGCAACAAGGACGAAAAAUCGAAGGAACCCAUGAUGUGUGUUGUGAAAGUACAUGCCACAUACACUGUGGCGGUUUCCUUGAAGCCAGGAAUUUCCUACACUGCUGUUCUUGAGGCAAUCAGCGAGAAACUGAACCAGCCCCGAGGUACAAUAUCUCUCAGUUACAAGAAAAAUGGCACAGAGAGGGCGAAGCUGGAUGAGUCUGAAAUGGAAAACGCUUGGAAAGAAGAGAGGAACGGCCAUCUAACUCUUUGGUGUGAACUAACAGAGAACAUAGAGAUGGCACCAAAAGAUGAGUCUCCUCAAGUAGUAGCGAUCUACUCCUAUGAAGCCUCAGAACCAGAAGAUCUGCAGUUUAACUCGGGCGACGUUAUCACAGUUAUUUCAAAAGUAAAUGAAGAAUGGUUUGAAGGCAAGUGCAAAGGAAAGGUGGGCAUCUUCCCAGCUGCUUUUGUGAAAGAUUACAAAAAUAAAGGCUGAAUCAUCAGAUUUAAACACAUUUACAACUUUUCUAAAAAAAAAAAAGAACGCUUAUUUAUUGUACACCACAAUUGAGGAAGUCUGGAAUGCUCCAUUCCAUAUCCUCUACACAAUAAUUAAUCAACUGCUGUUCAUGUGUAUUUUCCAGCUUUUGUACUGUACUGAAAGCACGAAAAAAAAAACUUGAAUAAAUCACUUUCUUGCCGCAAG